AUGUCCUACACAUGGGGUGAUCCCUUGACCGUAUUCGACACCGAAAGCCAAGUAUCAUGUAGAAAAGAUUGGGCGGCGCCGGCUUUUGAAAUUAUUUGCGAUGGCAAACCUGUUUCAGUCUUACCUGUUUCAGUCUCUACAAACCUGUACACUAUGUUGUUGGCCCUCCGGCGCACCAGUUCGAACCCUGAAACUGCAGUUAACGAUAUUCGUUUCACCCAGAGAUUUUGGAUUGAUGCUCUUUGCAUCAACCAAUCUGAUAUCGAUGAGAAAUCUCAAAAAAUCAUGAUGAUGAGCCGUAUCUACAACUGUGCUACAUGUGUGUUUAUAUGGCUUGGUGGGGAGGAUUAUGAGGCAGGCCGCGUGGUGCAACACCUAGCCAACCUGGCCAAUCUGGCCAAUCUGGAUGAAGAGCGGAGGCCACUACUAAAUAAGUCCAUAUUAGAUGUUAAUAUGUACAAGGGGCUGGGAAUUUCGCCAAUUUCUGUGGACGAUUGGGUGGGGAUUUAUAAGUUCUGUAACCGGGCCUGGUUCAGCCGCGCAUGGAUUGUACAAGAGGUUGGACUCGCGAAGCAGACAGUAGUCAUGUGUGGCCUUUACCUGUUCCGAGGCACGGCCAUUCGAUCUAGCCUUGAAAUACUAAAGUCAGCGGGCUGUAUAGACGAGAUGAGAAACCUAGUCGAACCUCUUAUCUAUGGGAGACGGAAUAAAUACCAGCGGGGCGAGUCCAGGUUUCGCGCGGAUCUGACGAAGCGCAGAAUAUUCCAACCUUCAGUCCCCAACACCCCCUUCGAUCCAAAUUUGUUCAGCCUCAUGCUAGAGGAGGGGUUUGCUGUAGGAGGAUCUGAACAUUGGAUGGAGGCCAAGACGGGUAUUAGGCCAAAGCCUCUAUGGAGAAUCCUCAAUCGUUUCGGUGGUCUUCAAGCCACUGACACUAGAGACAAGGUAUAUGCUUUCAUGGGCUUUUUGAGGGAGUUUUCUGAGGAAGGACGACAGCUUGUUCCCAAAUACAGCCAGCCAGUAGAAGAAGUCUAUUUUGAAGCUGUCAGGUUCAUGGCUGACUCGGUCAGUGGCCUGAACUUUUUGGGCAUAAAAGAGGCGGAUUCAUCCUUGGACUUACCCUCCUGGAUACCGGACUUUAGUGCCCUAAAUUCACAGAUAUCAUUGAUGGUGGCAUAUAAUAUCCGGUCUUCCGCAUCCGAUAGUUUGGAUCCUCGAAGCUUUCAUAUCGAUAAAAAGAAGUUGAGUGUUUCAGGCGUCUUCUGCGGCAAGGUUCUCCGAAAUGAGCCCUUUUCCCUGUUCCACUUAGGAACAAUAAUCGAGCUCCUGGAAGAAUUGCCAGAGACUUCAGAUAUCUGGAAACCUCCGGUUGGGACUGGGCGGGAGGUCGGUGACAUGGAUGAUGUCCAAGGAACCCACAAAACCGCCAAAAGGGGCUGGACAUUGACUCAUCAACGUCGCUGUGAGGUUUUAUGGAGGACACUCGUCUCGGAUUCUUUCGAUGGAGAGCAACCAGCUCCAAUGACCUGUGAAAAUUUAAUGGAUUUGAUGAUCCAGUCCUUUGUUGCCCGGCAAUUGUUGGGCGCAACGAUGAGGUUAGCUCGGAAUCAGGGGGAGCUAGAUUUUCUCUUGGGGAGAUUCAAACCCUCGAAACUUGAGACCCCUCAGAGCCUUGAUGAUUACGACCUUUCGAAGGUUUACUUAAAGUAG